AUGCGUCUCCAAACAAGCACCACCUUCUUAUCAACCCUGCUCUUCUCAACAAGCACAUUAUCAGCGCGAACAAAUCUCAACAUUCAGCCUGAAGCUAAGCAUUUAGAAAAUGCCAAUGCCGAAUCGUCACAUCUCUGGGUAACGCAUUACAAUGGAAAUGUCUAUACACUGUCGUUCGAUGGGGAUAAGCUAUCCAUAUCCGAUACACAGAAGACAUGCGGUGGUAUGCCAAGCUGGUUAACCUAUGACUCGCAGAGUAAAAUUGUUUACUGCUCUGAUGAGAAUGGGACAGCGGACGCGAGUACGCACGGUACACUGAGCGCGUAUUCUGUUGGUGCCGGCGCAAAGUUGAAGGAGAUCGCAAAGACCAACACCAUCGGUGGAGGUGUGAACAGUGUUAUUUACGAGGGUGAAGGAGAUGAUAAGUAUAUUGCUAUUGCGCAUUACGAAGGAUCAGCCGUAUCAACCUACGCCCUCCCUCUCAAAUCCAACAGCCACGCCAAACAGAAACUCCACUUCACUAUGUCCCACAAAGGUGCAACAUCCCAACAAGACGCACCUCAUCCCCAUGAAGUCUUCCUAGACCCAACAGGCUCCUUCCUCAUUUCCCCCGAUCUAGGCGCAGACCUACUCCGAAUCUACAACAUAAACCCACACACAGGCCAUCUCAAGACAUGUCCACCCCUAAACGUAACAUUUGGCUCUGGUCCCCGCCACGGUCUCUUCUGGACAGACGGCACAGACAACAAUAACAGCACAAACGGCGCUGGUGCACCAAGCCACGAGCGCCAAGUUGCUGCCGUGGGCAAGACAGUGAUGUACCUUGUUAAUGAGAUUGGGGGGACGAUGAACUCUUUCGAUGUUUCUUAUGCGCGAUCGGGAUGUUUAGAUCUUCAGGUGAAGCAGACGCUUGUUCCUUAUACCGGGGAUAUGCCUGAGGGUGCGACGCCGGCUGAGAUCAGGAUGAUUGGGGAUAAGUUUUAUGUUUCGGUGAGGAGUGAUGGGGGCUUUGAUGGGAAUGAUUCGAUUGUUGAGUUGAAGAGGGGUAAGAAUGAGAAGGUUAGUGUUUUGGGGAAGACUGAUGCGUGGGGUGUUGUUCCUAGAACUAUGGUUAUUAAUCGUCGGGGUGAUCUUGUGGCGAUUGGGAAUCAGGCUUCUUCGAAUGUUGCUAUUGUUAGACGGGAUCGGGAGACGGGGGAUCUGGGUGAGAAGGUUGCCGUUUUGGAUGUUGGGGAUUCUGGGGAGCCUGGGACUGCGACUGGGUUGAGUAGUGUUAUUUGGGCUGAGUAG